UGGUAAUGGCAUUGAUGAAUCAUUUCGUAAAGGACAUCUUCGCCAAUCAGGUACAUUUCUGGAUCUAAUACCUUUAACAAAGCAGUGGAGGUAUAUUACUUUCCUGAGGACAUUGUUUGAAUUAUCAUUUUCUUCAGCACUUGAACGAGAGGCUGAUCGUUAUCAUUUUCAUUCAUUUCUUAGCUUCUUUUUUUCUGUCUCAUUAUCACUGUCUAAAAUAAUUAGAUUAUCCAAAUUAUCCCAGGAUUUAGAAGAACUCGCAAUACCAUAUUCUUCAGAUAUUUUGUGA